AUGUCCUAUCACUUUGAAUUGUCCCACCUUUCAAACUCGUUGGGGAGACCAAUAGAUAGUCACUCGGUAUACGAUCGUUCAUCCAGCUUUUCUGGAUCAAUCUCCCCUGGAUGGUCUCCUGCUCUCGUCCAACAGGAAAGUAUGACCGAUUUUUCAGCUCAAACUUCGGGACUACAAUUCCCAAUGUUCUCGACAUACCAAUCUAGUCCAUCAACCAUCACGAUCACAGUUGAGUAUCCCAAUUCGGCUACCAUGGAGAUAAGCGUCCCCGUAGAGAUCCCCAAUGGACUGCAAAGCCCAACCAGGGUAUUCGACCUUGAAGAUUUGUAUAUCCCCUCGAAGGACAGAGAUACCAUAUACAGCGAAAAUACAAAGGAUUCCGGCCGACCCCGCUCUAUAGUAUCUUCUCAAUCUGUCCCAGCAAGAGGAGUGAUUCCAAACGAUACCCGAUGGCCUUGGUGUGACCAGAUGUUUGAUGUGCCUGUGAUCGAACAGCUCGGCAGUCGCCCAACAAUAGUGGUUACCGAUGGCCCAGAAUCGGAAGUAGCCUCGCUAGUCGACCCUUCCGACACGAGUUCAUGGUCACUCGCAGCUUUGUGGGACAGCAUCACCGGUCAGAUCCCCUCGGAGAAUUCGAUCGCAAUCCACUUGCCUUACGAUGUAGCUCAGUCUCCUCAACAACUGACAAAGUUCCAAUUGGCGAUUCCACAACUUGAUGCUCCGACUACCGAGGACAAUGAAAGAGCGCUCGUCAGAUCUAGUUCAACCAACGUCUGGUCAGGAAUCAUAUCCGCCUUGACCGACCGUUGGUCCCAAGCGUGCAGCACCAUCAAAGAAUAUCUCAGGCAACACGCAUCGGAUUCAAGAUUGGACUACGAGCGCCUAGACCCUUACGCUUGGGAUCGCGAAUUCCAAUCAAGAGCUGAAUCUAAUGGUCCAAGCGACACUCUGUACAGUACGGAAAACCUGCCACCAGUGGGUCAUCUAUCCAACGGACCUCAGAAGGAACUACCAAUGGUGAGACGAAAGUCGUUGCCCGAGGAUAGGCUAUAUGACGUCGAUCAUCCACCUCCGACAAACCAUCCAGUAUCGACUCAAUCGAGUCAGAUGGUAUUAGCAAGAAAAUGA